GGGACGGGGAGGCGCAUGCGUGGCUCCGCGGAGUGGCGAUGGAACCGGCAGCGCCUAGUUGACCCAGAGCGGGACCCCCUCCAGCCCUCGCCGCCUGCCUGCCGGCCCCCUUCGCUGCUCAGCGCCACCAGCGGCAUGACCAGCUCGCCGCCCGCCUCGGAGAAGAAUGGCUUGAAGAAAGAGACUAUCCGCGUGGGAACAAGGAAAAGCCAGCUCGCCCGGAUCCAAACGGACAGCGUGGUUCAGAUGCUGCAGGAGCGCCACCCUCACCUCUGUUUUGAGAUUGUUGCCAUGUCAACCACAGGUGACAAGAUCCUGGACACAGCUCUGUCCAAGAUUGGUGAGAAAAGCCUAUUUACGAAGGAACUGGAAAAUGCACUGGAAAGAAAUGAGGUUGACUUGGUGGUUCACUCCCUGAAGGACCUGCCCACAUCCCUCCCACCUGGCUUCACCAUCGGUGCAAUUUGCAAGAGAGAGAGUCCGUAUGAUGCUGUCGUCUUCCACCCUAAGCAUGCAGGCAAGAGCCUCCACAGCCUCCCUGAGAAGAGCGUGAUCGGGACCAGCUCACUUCGCCGGGCAGCUCAGCUGAAGAGAAAGUUCCCUCACCUGGAAUUCAGGGACAUUAGGGGAAAUUUGAACACUCGCUUGAAGAAGCUGGAUGAGAAGGAGGAUUUCAGUGCCAUCGUCCUGGCAGCGGCUGGCCUCAGGCGGAUGGGCUGGGACAGCCGCAUUGGUCAAGUCCUGAGCCCCGCAGACUGCUUGUACGCAGUUGGGCAGGGAGCCUUAGCAGUGGAGGUGAGAGCCAGGGAUCAGGAGAUCCUCGAUAUGGUGUCCGUCCUGCACGACAGUGAGACGGUGCUGCGCUGCAUUGCAGAGAGGGCCUUCAUGAAGCACUUGGAAGGUGGCUGCAGUGUCCCUGUGGCAGUAAACACCGUGCUGAAGGACUUCCAGUUAUAUUUGACUGGAGCAGUCUACAGCCUUGAUGGAUCCGAGAGCCUACGUGAGACCAUGCAAGCAAGCAUGAAUUAUUUUCCACAUGAGAACGAAGAUGGCCCCAACGAUGACAUCCAGCAUGUUGGCAUCACUGCAAAGAAUUUCUCUCAGUCUGCUCAAGUGGCUGCAGAGAAGUUAGGCAUUCAGGUGGCUGAGCUCCUCCUGAGCAGAGGGGCAAAGCACAUCCUCAACGUGGCCCGACAGCUCAACGAUGCCUGAUGGGGGCCUGCCUUGGAUGUCAAACUCCUCUAGCCGUUGUCCUUCAUGGAAGCAAUGAAGUCUCUUGCAAAUCAACCACUGCCCUCUCGGUGAAGGGAAUCUUAAUUUAUUAUGGUAGCUACGCCACAGUUCACCUGUGCUGCUAAGGACUGACUCAUGCUGUAGCCUCCAAUGGAAGAUUCAUGCUGGCGGGGAUCACUCCCUUUAACACACAGCCUGAAUUUUGAGAAAGAGAACCAUUUAAAAGAAGUUGGUGCCUUCAUUGAUUGCUGUAAGGAAUAAUGUAACCUGGUACAGUUGCAUAGAAUGAAGUGUAUAUUUUUUUUAAUUAUUGCCAAAUGGAUUAAAGAGAUUUAAACUGAAA